AUGAUCUCAUCCGGAGCAGAGACUAAUGUGGUUGGAGAGGAAGGAGUGUUUGACCCAUGUUUGAGGAACCGGGCCGCUGGGGGUGGAUUCACGACAAACAAUCCUGAUACUACACGGCGAACAACAACUGGUCAUGGUUCAGGUCGUGUUUCGGGAAGAAGUGCUGGUGGUAAUGGAAAUAAUGAUAAUACUAAUAUUAGGAGCCAGCCUGUAUACUCGUCCAGCUCGAGUUCGGCUCUAGAACGGUUCUUCACGCGGUUACUCUUCUGCGAAUCACGACCGAAAAGUGGUCGUGUGGGUGAAGAUGGAUCGGAAUUGAAAAGCGAUACAAAUUUAACGAGCACAUCACGCGAACGAAAGGCUCAAAAGGUCGAAUAUGGGUCAGAUAAGCUUGGUGCAGCUGGCUCGGGAAAUGUCAAGACCACAAAAAAUGGUCAUAAGCGAGACGUGUCAACAAGUGCUAGUUCUGUUCCUGUGGCUGCUGCUGCUGCUUCUGCUGCUGUUACUGAAGCAGUAGGACGAGGAAAUGUUGGAUUGAAACCUAGUCGCAGUAAUCGACAACAUGGAACGCAAGGUGCUGGUCAAAAGCAUAGACCACACACAAGUCCUGGUUCAGGUCCACAUCAUGAAUCCGAAUUGGCAACAAAGAUAUCUGGUUCUGGUACUCCUCAUCUCGACAAACCUGUUCCACCUUUGCCUGAAUCAGGACCAGACGCACAAGUCACAGAACUAGGAGAGAAGGAGAAAUUCGACUCGUCAUCGACUCCGAACGGCGGGGUGUACGACAACGACCAGCAUCUGAAAUUUGUAGAAGCCAACCAUGGAGGAACUGGAAAGGGCAAUAAUGAAACAAUAGAUUACGAAAAGGGGGAGAUUUCAAUUCCCGAUAAUAAGACGCUUGGAGCCGGCGACAACCAGCUCGUCGAGUAUUCGACGUCAUCGCACCACGAAGGAGUUGAUCCAAACGACAAGGAUUCGGGACUGUCGACUGCAUAUUAUCAGGGAGAACCUGAUAGAGGCAUGGGAAUCAUCCCCUCGCCAUACGAUCCACCGAAACAAUGGCUCCUGGAACCAAUCAGCGCCGAACUGGCAGGACGCAAGUGUCUGGUAUUAGACCUCGAUGAGACGCUUGUGCACAGUAGUUUCAAAUAUAUUCACCAGGCCGAUUUCGUGAUUCCCGUCGAGAUCGAGUCACAGUACCAUAAUGUGUAUGUGAUCAAACGGCCUGGUGUCGACGAGUUUAUGAAGCGAGUGGGCGAGCUGUAUGAAGUGGUGGUAUUUACAGCCAGUGUCAGUAAAUAUGGAGAUCCGUUACUGGACCAGCUGGACGUUCAUAACGUAGUUCACCACCGACUUUUCCGCGAGAGCUGUUAUAAUUACAACGGCAACUAUGUGAAGAACCUGUCUCAGCUAGGACGACCACUCCAAGACACGAUUAUUAUCGACAACUCAGCAGCAUCAUACAUAUUCCACCCGCAACACGCGGUUCCCAUUUCGAGCUGGUUCUCCGACAUCCACGACAACGAGUUGCUCGACAUGGUGCCCUUUCUCGAGGACCUGGCUGCCGACAAAGUCUCGGACGUCAGUCUCGUGCUCGACGUCAACAUUUAA